GUUCAACAAUUCAACGUCUUCAAAAGUGGCCGCGACCGUAAAUACUGUCCAAAACAAGUGUCAAAUUCGAACCCCUGGUCCUACAUAUUCGUUCCCAGCCACGUUUUCUGCGCACUUGGAACGCCUUACAGAGUUACAGUAACGCACACGAGCUCCUACUGCCUCUCCACGGAGACUUUCUCGGCCAUUUUUUCUCUGGCUUUCUCUGCGUCCAAACAAGUCUUUGGGAACCAGAAAGCGAGGGGAAUCCGACACGCUUGAACUGGGGGAGCUAGGAAAUGGCUUCCAAUGCGAAAAAUGUUGGAAUCCUCGCCAUGGAAAUCUACUUCCCUCCUACUUGUGUGCAGCAGGAGGCCCUAGAGGCUCAUGAUGGUGUGAGCAAAGGAAAAUAUACUAUUGGGCUUGGACAAGAUUGCAUGGCAUUUUGUACAGAUGUGGAAGAUGUCAUCUCAAUGAGUUUGACAGCUGUAACUUCUCUCCUUGAGAAAUAUAAAAUUGAUCCAAAACAAAUUGGACGACUGGAAGUUGGCAGUGAGACUGUGAUUGACAAAAGCAAGUCUAUUAAAACCUUCCUGAUGCAAACUUUUGAGGAAUCUGGUAAUACUGACAUUGAAGGAGUUGAUUCGACGAAUGCGUGCUAUGGGGGAACUGCAGCUUUAUUCAAUUGUGUGAAUUGGGUAGAAAGUUGUUCGUGGGAUGGACGCUAUGGUCUUGUUGUAUGCACAGACAGUGCGGUUUAUGCAGAAGGGCCUGCCCGGCCUACUGGAGGAGCAGCUGCAAUUGCCAUGCUGAUAGGGCCUGAUGCUCCUAUUGCUUUUGAAAGCAAAUUAAGAGGCAGUCAUAUGUCUCAUGCCUAUGACUUUUACAAGCCCAACCUUGCAAGUGAAUACCCAGUUGUUGAUGGAAAGCUGUCACAAACUUGCUAUCUCAUGGCACUUGAUUCUUGCUACAAACAUUUCUGUGAGAAGUAUGAAAAAUUGGAGGGCAGGCAAUUUUCAAUUUCUGAUGCUGAGUAUUUUGUGUUUCAUUCUCCAUAUAACAAGCUUGUGCAAAAAAGUUUUGCCCGGUUGUACUUUAACGACUUCUUGAGGAACUCCAGCUUUGUUGAUGAGAUUGCAAGAGAAAAGCUAUCCCCAUUCUCAGCUCUAUCUUCUGAUGAGAGCUAUCAGAGCCGGGAUCUCGAAAAGGCAGCCCAGCAAGUUGCUAAACAUGUAUAUGAUGCAAAGGUGCAACCGACCACCUUAAUUCCAAAGGAAGUUGGUAACAUGUACACCGCUUCUCUCUAUGCAGCAUUUGCAUCCCUUAUUCACAACAAACAUACCUCACUGUCAGGUAAGCGGGUAGCCAUGUUUUCAUAUGGGAGCGGUUUGACUGCUACAUUGUUCUCAUUCCAAAUUCGAGAAGGUCGUCAUCCUUUCAGCUUGUCAAACCUUGCAACAGUGAUGAAUGUUUCUGGAAAGUUGAAAUCAAGGCAUGAGUUGCCUCCUGAGAAAUUCGUGGAAACUUUGAAGCUCAUGGAGCAUCGAUAUGGGGGAAAGGACUUUGUGACAAGCAAGGACACAAGCCUCUUAACCCCGGGCACCUACUAUCUCACUGAAGUUGACUCAAUGUACCGUCGAUUUUAUGCCAAGAAAUCUGACGACAUCACAGCCAACCACACCAAUGUUUCUAUAUGUGGUAAUGGUCCAGUAGUUAAUUCUCAUUGAUAUUUGCUUCCUUGGAAAAAUGUACAAUUUUUUUGUGCUCAUCUGCCAACGUGGUUGUGUUGUUUGAAGCAGCGUUAUUACUCAAAUUGUAACUCUCCGUCGUCA